CGCGAUUUUCUGUUUGCCUUUUUCCUUCGCAUUUCGGUGUUAGAAAAUUUCAAAUCAUUGAUAAAGGAAAAACGACAUUUUCUAAUUGUUUUUCGUAUGUUCGUAUGUUCGUAUGUUCGUGUUGAAAUAACGAUUCAAUUCAUGUAACAGAGUGAAUUAUUAUUCUCGGUUUCGCUUGUCGUUUCCACGAAACCAUUAACAUGGAGGAUUGUGUAUUGGAUAUGUGGACUCCAUACAAGCAACUAUGCAGCACCGUAGAAAAAUGUAUCAUCGAAACGAGCGACGCUUGUUUUGGAACGUUGCAAGCUACAUUCUCCAAAUACAAACAGAAUUUCCUCAAUGUGCUGAAAAACCCACCAAAAAAUGGAAAAAGCAGAUUGAUAGUGAAAAAGAGCGAAAGCGAAGGGAUCAGAGUGGCCGGAAUCGAAUACCAUACCGUACCGAAGGAUAUGGUCGAAGAAGCUCUAAUUUUAUCUGAUAUGUACGAUUUAGACGAAUUAAUGGCAUUAGAUUUGCUUACAACAGCUCAACAUCAAAUGCCGAGUUAUCCCGGAUUACCUCGUGGAUUAGUCGCCGUUUUAUUAUAUUACGACGGUCAUAAAGCAUUGGCUACAACUUUGAGAACGAUUAUGCAGGCUCGUUCGGGUUUCCAUUGGACAGUUGAUAUUUCUAGCAAUAUACCAGAUUAUCUGGCCAAGUAUAGCGAUGAAUUAAUCAACGAAGGGUUAUUAGAGAAAGUUAUCACUGCGUUGAAAAAUUUAGAUUUACAAAAAGAGAUAGAAAUGCUGCAGAGGAAUCGUGCUUUAGGUGGUCCUAAACAUCAUCAUACUGUGGUUGUACUGUUUGAAGAAAUUAGGCAAAUUUUAGCCGAUAUUAUAUUUUUAUAUUCGGCUCAGGCCGGGUUAUAUCAACAAUCUUUGUUUAUGCUGAUUAAUUUCCUAAGAACUUUGAAAAUCGAAAGCGACGUUAGUGGAGGUAUCGAUAACGUAACGUUGGCUUUGCAAAUGGCUCUAUUAUUUGCCAUCGAUGUAAAUGAUGUAAUUAAACGAGAAGAUUCAGAAGAAAUAAUUACAAAAGUACCACUUCUCUGCGAGAAUGGAUUUUUAGAAAAUUUAAUCCACGAAGCUAAAAAUCCGAAUAAAAAAUGGGAAUGUACCGGAUUACAAGCUAUGAUGCAAUUCGCUUUGGGUGUUACUGUUGCUAGUCUUCGUAAUACUUCGGUUGCAGCGUUCCCUAGAGGUAUCACUGAUGAAGACGAUUCGUUAGUUUCGUUGGCUCUAAACAACGGUGUAUUCUCAUUCGCAUAUUCGACUUUCAUCCGUAACGAAGUUAUUCAAAAUGAAGAAUUUUACAUGCGCCGAAUUCACAGCCUAUUCACUGAUUUUAUCGUAUUGAUGCCACUGAAAGUAAAAGAGCUCAGAGUACGAGCCGAAGAAAUAUCCAGAACGACUCAAAUUUACCAACAGGAAGGUUUAAAUCCUCCUGGAAGUCUCGAACAUCAUUUCGAGCUCAUGUUAAAAAUCAUGAUUAGACUGUAUAGUCGUGAUCCUUUGGGAUUAAAGUUACAUUUAGAUUUUUGGUUCGACGAUAGUAUCAAAACGUCGAAAUCCAUUUCGAUUAAAAAAUUCUCGCAGCAGGUUUCGUUGUUUAAAUUUUUGAAACAAACUGGAGAUUCGUUACCGCCUGCUUUAUUCGUCGCCUAUUUAGAAUUGAUUAGCUCUUUAGCAGCGUGUCCUGAUUCGGCUAGGCAGGCGUUUAAAUUAUUCAAGUGUAGCGAUGUUUCUACCCUAACUUGGGAUCAUUUUUUCAAGUCCUUCCAUAAAUACUACAAUAAUUUGCGUCUUGAACAACCAGCUAUCUCAGAUACGAUGUAUAGACACAGGUCAUUAUAUCCUAAAGGUAUCAAUCCGAUGGAAAUCCAAGGGUUGCAAGCUGUGUUAUCAGUCAUUCGCCAUAUAUCCGAACACGACGAUAUCUCCAGAUUGGCAUUUUGCGAAAACCUAGAAUGGUCGUGUAUUUCAAUCCUACUCGGUUUAGUUACCUGCUCAAUCGAUGUCAGUUUGAAAGCUGAUAUCGUAUUGACUCUUUCGGCCUUAGCCAAGUCGCCAGAAAUCGGUAACAUUAUUUGGAAGAAUUUAGAAACUACUCAAGUCAUUCCUACCGUUCCAACAACUAAUAAUUAUCAACCUCGAGGAGUUCAGGCUGAACUGGAAGAAGUAGAAAGCAAAAACGAAGAGUUCCCUUUAACCAGAGCUGUGCUAAAUUUAAUCAACGUAUUGAUCGAUAAUCCCAUGCCUAGAUUGUUGGGUGCUGGCUCACGAACUCCUGGAUUUGAUCCUUACUUGAAUUACGUUUUGAGAGCUGUAUUUUUAAGGUUCAAUUCCAGAUCUUAUAAAAAUCCCAGCGAAAAAUGGGAAGUUGGCAAUUUGUGUGUGAAGCUUGCAUUAAAGUUCCUUAAACAAUAUGACCCCAGGGUAGAAGAUUUUACAGGACUGUUGGUCCAAACCGAAGAUGGAGGCAGUAUGCAGAUUUGCCCUCACCCUGGAUUCCAUAUAAUGAUCAAUUUAUGCUCAUCUUCGGAAUUUUUCCGAGUGAUUAUGUAUCUCGUUGACGAAGGAUGUCGUAUGCUCGACGCGUACAAAGAAUUUGCUGGCAAAAAAUCCUUCGAAACGUUACUCCUGAGUUGUUUGGAAUUGCUUUAUAAAGGAUUGGAAAUGCAAGCGAGAUUUUUAGACCUGUUAUCUCUUUCGAAUUCUGACCGGAUCUUGAUACCGUUGCAUCAGCUGUUGAGUGGAAUCAACGCGAGAACGGGCAAUCCGGAUCAUUUAUUGAAUAUUGCCAAAUAUGUCACAUACAACUCUUGGCUACCGAUGCAUACGUUGACGGCGGUCAAUAUUUUGCUGGCGGUUACGUCUUAUCCUAUCAAACACUCGACGUUUUUACCAUUUUUCACUUCCACUAUUUCGCUUCAAACAACCAUUAGGCAUGGAUUCGUUGAAAGUCUAGAAGCUGAAGAAAAUCAGUGGAACGAUGGAAACGAAUUGUCAGUCACCGGUAAAAUAAAAGAAGCCAUCAUGAAAUUGCUAAUUCAAUGCUUACCAGCAUCCGGUGUGAAUUUAGCGCACUACUUGUUGGGAUUCAAUUUGAAAAACAUCAAAAAGACGAUUCUUCAGACACCUGGACCUGGAUUUCCUAGAACUUGUUUCCAUUCGAUAUUGACUCUUCUGAAUACGUCUCUGCUGUAUCGUAAAGAUAAAGCUGUACUUAAAGUUCAUCCGCAACUCGUUCAAUUAGCCUAUAAAAUUAUUUAUACGUUGUGCGCCAAUCCAAACACCUCCGAUUCGGUGCUGCGAUUUUUGAGAUUGACUCAAGAUUUCGUUCAGCAGCAUAUGGCUUUGUUUCCGUUCAAAACGUAUGAUAAAGUGACUGAAUUCAUUUGCAUGGCUUGGAUAUUGAAAAUAUUCGCCAUCGAGUUGAGAGUCAUUUCGAGCAUGGGUCAUAAUAACAAACUCGAAGAUUUGAUUAAAUUAUUCCUCUAUCAUGGAACCGGUGACUUUUUCAAACCUCGAAAAGGACCAAAUGUUAGGAAAUUGAUUAAUGGAGAAGAAGAAGUCACGUCGUUGAUCAGUACUCGGCUUUUCCAACUCAUGAGUGUAAUAGAAUUUGAAAAAGAACCGCCUACGAUGCCGUCGUGGCAGUUUUUCGACGCUGCUCAAGUACAAGAAGUUUUGGCUCAAUGCGAAUUCCCAGUCGCCGGAAUGUCUCCUAAGCAUAUAAACAUCAACAUGCUGUUUUCCAUUUUACAAGAAGAAUUAGCUUCCAUUCAAGGCAGUUCGACGUCCGGCCAAAGACAACUAAUACAGCAAGAAGUCCAAGAACUUUUGACGUUCACGAUGAAACUGAACGAAUAUAGAAAACUUGUCGGUGCACAAGUUCAAUAUUUCGACGCUUGGCGUAAAUUGUGCAACGUUUACUUUAUCGUUGCUCCUGCCAACAUCGUCCCAUUCCAGCUGCGGUUCUCGUUACUCAUGGAAUUGAUUCGAUCGCUCCUUCAAACCGUGAACGAAACCGAAUCGCCCAGCGAAGAAAUGAAGAUCAUAGCUUCCGAAGCUAUCCUGCUGCUGGUCGUUGACAUCAGGCAAUGCGUCAAAGCACAGAAACGUCUGCUCAACGAAGGCACUCGUAAAUCAGUCUUGUCUCAGUUGCAAACGUUUGAAAAUUACUCUAGCGAAAUCCUGAACGUCUUGAAGAAUUGGAUCGUACUGGCGGGCAAUUCGUCCAAAAAAGUCAAGAUCAAUUUGUUCGCCUGUUUUUUGACGUUCUUACACUUCUGCACCGAUAAAGAUGAACCAGAGGUGGAAUGCUGGCUGGAGAAUAUUAAACAGGAGAGUGGCGAUGUAGAUUAUUCAAAUAUCAACUCGUCGCAAAUGUUCCGCGUCAAAUUAUUAAAUAGCGAUUAUAAGGAUCAACUUUUGAAGAUAUUCUGCGAAGAUGCGACCGCAGCUCAUGAUAUUUGGAAGAUGACUGCCUUGUCAGGAUUGCAAAUGUUGGUCGAUGCUGAUCCCAAUCAUAUUUCGUUUAUUGCCUCGCACGGAUAUUUGAAAUGCUUGAUACAGACUUUAGUCGAAUCUGAUAUCAAAUUGUGUAAAUUAUUCAAUCAGGAUUGCCAGCUGGCUCCUUUAUUCGUAUACGAGACUGAAAUGACUUUCAUGUGUAAAAUAGCCAGUUACCCAAUCGGAGCUGAAGCUUUGCUGGAUGCCAAAAUCUUGAGCGCUUUGUCCACCAUGGAUGUGUAUAAUUAUCAUCCCACCGUCGCCGUUUGCGAUACGAGCAACUCUUCUCACGUAGAUUUUAUUCCUGAUGUCAGCACCAGAUAUUUACAACUUUUUACGCCGGUUUUAACAUUAUGUAAUACGAUAAUCACCUCCGUUGGGGUCGAAAAUGAAGAUGCUGUGGUUCAGAUAAUGCAACUUUUGUUCAGCCUGAAUGAAACCGUCUCUUUGGUGUUGAGAAGUGCUUCGCCUAACGUUAUGCCUCAAUUUAUUAAAGAAUUAGCUGAUCUUACAGCGGUGAUUUCGGCUGUUUUUGGGCAUGGAUUAACUCAGAAAUUCAAAGAAGAAUAUCAUUCCGAACGAGCUGUACAGAUACAUAAAAUACAAAAACUCAUGUUAUCGUUAUUCACUACGUUCCAAAUAUCAGAAUCGGCGGUCAAGAAAGUCGGAGAUAACGUCGAUGCCGAAAAUAAAGAUCCUAUCGCUCGUUCUCAAACAAUAGUUCAUUAUUUCCAGGUUAUAAUCAAUUCGUUGUUCUACGCUCAAAGUAUCGUAUCCGGUGCGAAAAUGGAUCGCUAUAUUUCCAUCAGUAUAUUCCAACCGACGUUGAACGAAUUAGCUAAAAAUAAGAAAAGUACCAGUAGUAUCAUCGGUGUAGGAAAUACUCAAGAAUUGGAUCUCGGUAUAGCUGUCAGAUACGUUCUAGAUGGCGUCACUUAUUAUACCACGCAACUGGAUUGCAUAUCAAAGUUGAAAAGUAAAUUGGAAUGUAUUCCUGCCAUGACGACUGAUGAAGUAAAACAGAUAAUGUUCGGCGACACGAUACGCGUACCGGAGACCGAAUACAAGAACGAAGUUUCUUUACAACUAAUGAAAUUAAUUGUCGAAAAGAAACGCGAACUCGAUAUGUGUUUCGUAAUCAUGGAAACAGCCCUUUACCUGCUUUGGGCUCAUUUAGAUUACUUCACUUUACAAUGUAUUCCCACGAUAGGAUCUAGUAUGGCUGACUCGAGUCGUAACGUUUCGUCUUCCAAAUUUGGAGAAAGUGGUCGAGUAUGUACGGUCGAACAACUCAACGAAAUCAAGCAAGCUUUAAUACCCACUUUCAACGAGAAUUUCUCUAAUAAACUAAUGGAAAUUACAAAGAAUCAGACAACAUCCGAAAAAGGCUACGUCGAAGCUUUGUUGAGAAGAAUAAAAAAACUAAUUCAAUUUGUACCAAACAAGUGAAGAGAAAAUAUUCUAAAAAUAAUGUAAAAUAAAAUUACUAGGUAUCAUAUUAUUUUGUUCGUGACGUGUGUGUAAAUUUUCCAAUUUUUUUUUCAAUUUUUUAAUCCAAUUUUUGUACAUUAUUUUUAAAAACGUUUUUGUUCUUGUAAGCUAUCUAUCGUACUUAUUAUUUUAUCAGUGUAAUUUUUAACGAUUUUUUUUUUUUUGUAAUACCUGCCGUAUUCGCGCAUUCGUUGUUCAGAUUUUAUUUGAUUGUAGAAGUUACGAAAUAUAUGUAUGUUUUUCGA